AUGGGAAAACUGAACAGUAAGACUGGUAAUAAAGUAUCAAUACCACAAGCAGCAUCUUCUAAGACCAAAAGAAAGACCAAAGAGUCUAGUAAGGCAAAGGAACAUACAGCUGUCAAAAAUUCACAAGCUCCAUUUGAGAACUCGCCGAUUUAUGACUUACUACAGUUUUUUGAAAAAGCACCAGACCAAUGGACAGCCAGAUAUAUAUUGAUACUAACAGCAAUUAUUUUGAGGAGUGCUGUUGGCCUAGGAUCUUUUCUGGGGCAGGGUGAAAAACCAAUAAAUGGAGAUUUUGAAGCCCAAAGACAUUGGAUGGAAUUGACAAUACAUCUUCCUAUCGAUAAAUGGUAUUUCUAUGAUCCAUUGUACUGGGGUCUCGACUACCCACCAUUGACUGCCUUUCACCUGUACUUAUUUGGCAAGUUAGGAUCAUUAAUUAAUUCAGACUGGUUUAAGUUUUUUUCUUCGAGAGGAUUAGAAUCAUCAGAUUUGAAAACAUAUAUGAGGUAUACCAGCUUGAUAAGUGAAUUAGUGAUAUAUAUACCUGCAUUAUUGGGUUUUAUUUCUAUAAUGGGAAAAAAAUUGAAUUUAAGUAGAAUGUAUCAAAUUGUUAUAUCAACAAUAAUCUUGUGCCAGCCAUCACUUAUUUUGAUUGACCAUGGCCAUUUUCAGUAUAAUUCAGUGAUGUUAGGGCUAUUCUUAUUUUCAUUAGUUGAUCUUAUUAAAGGGAAUUAUAUAUUAGCAUCAAUUUGGUUUAUAAGCUCAAUUAACUUCAAGCAAAUGGGAUUAUAUUAUGCACCCUUUAUCUUUGCAUACCUUUUUUCCAAAUUAUUUCUGAACUAUAACGAUUUAGGUUCUGAAAAAUCUUUAAAGAAACUAAUAGCAAGCUUCAAUUUCAAGAAAUUGAUUGCCAUUGGUCUUGCUGUAAUAAUAACUAGUAUUGUCAUUAUCUCACCAUUUAUUAUCUUACCGAGUUGUACAAGAGCGGAAACCUUGAAUGUUUUAAAGCAAAUACUAAUCAGGGUGUUUCCGUUUGAAAGAGGUUUGUUUGAAGAUAAGGUUGCAAAUUUCUGGUGUACCACAAAUUUAGUAGUCAAAUACAGAGAUAUCUUCUCAAUUGACCAACUAAAGAAGAUUACAUUAUUAUCUACAUUGGUAGCUAUCUUACCUCCAUGCUUGAUGAUUUCUUAUAAAAAUAUUUAUAAUCCGAAAUUUUCUAAUAUUUCGCUGUCUCCAGUAAAAUAUUUAUCUUUGAUCUAUGGAUUUGCUGCUACAUCGUGGGGAUUUUAUCUCUUCUCAUUUUUAGUGCAUGAAAAGAAUGUGCUUGUUCCUCUUCUACCUAGUACACUAUUAUUUAUCAUCAAUGAUAAAGAUACAAUUUCUAUGAUACAGUGGAUCAACAACAUAGCAGCAUUUAGUUUGUGGCCAUUAUUGAAAAAAGAAACUCUUGUUUUGCAAUAUAUUGUGGUGAUACUCUUGUCAAAUUGGUUAGUCGGUGGCUUUAAUUUAAAAUUAUCAAAUAAUAUUUUUUUCCCUAGGAUAAAUUGGUUCUGGAACUUGGUUAUAGGCGCAUCAUACAUAGCGGUCGCAAUUGUUCAUUUUGUUGAUUAUUUCUAUUUACCACCAGCAAGAUAUCCUGAUUUGUGGGUUAUUUUGAACACUACAGUUUCAUUCGGCUGUUUUUCUUUAUUCUGGUUAUGGAUAUUAUAUCAAUUUUAUAAACUUUAG